AUGUUUGAUCAUCUUACAAAGCAAGAUGACAAUCAAAAUUUUAAGUCCGUCUUUGAAGAAGGACUAGAUGAUUAUUUCUUCAAAUAAAAUCAGGUAGAAUUAAACUAAUUCUCAUAAAGCCUUAGCUCUGCACUUACAGAAGUCCGUAGUACAUCAUUUUAAAACCAGGAUGAUCAAAUUUUCAAUGUUGAUCAUUAUCUCCGGAAAGACAUUGAUGAUCAUACUAAUCAAGCUUCUUUGGAUAUUGAUCAAAUGCUUUUAGGCUAUAAAGACACUACUAAGGGAAGCUCAGUGAACUCUGGCUCCACUAGCGAUUGCUCAAGUCUCUAAUACUAAUCAUUCUUACUCAAAAGUCCAGCCAUUUAAAAUCCCGAGGAAAAUUUAGAGAAUAUAAAAUCUUGGCAAUCUUAUUAAAAUAAUGAAGAUACAUAAUUCCAAAAUGCUAGCUAUGAUUUAACUCCCUCUACAUCAAAUGAAUAAUAUGAUGGGCCAUAUAACGAGCAAGAAGGUAGAAAAAUGGAUGCUUAAUUAAAAGAGGAUUCAUAAGAACUAUAUGCUUAGUCAACAAAAAUUAAUAAUAAAGCACUUCUAAAACAUUCUAUCAAGUUAGUGAACCAACAAAGAAAACAAAAAUCUAAAUUGAGAGAGGAUGCCCACAUAAAAGCUGCUCUUAGACAAAUUAGAAAACAUUUCUUGAAUCAGUUCAAGACUUAUACUUAGUUUAUUAGCAAAAAGAAAAGAAAUAAUAACCCUGAUUUGAUAAUUAGUGAUCUUAGAAAAUUCAUCUUAAACAAUUUCAUUGUACAGAAUGGGAUAGUUUUUGCCGAUCAAUAGGGAAUGGCUAAUACUUGA